AUGAACGAACCAACUGAUGGAAAAGCCAACGAUAGGAAGAGGAAGAAGCCGGAUGAUAAUGCAGAGGAAGGAGGAAAGGACCCAGGAAAGUCUAAGAAAAAAAUAGAAUUUGAAAAUGACGAAGAGUAUGAAAAGUAUCUUUUGAGUAACUUCAAGAAGGGGUCUGUCGGUGGAAACGGAGGUGACGGUCGGCAUGGAAGUCGCCACGAUGGACGCCACGAAGGACGCCGCAACAACCGCCAUGAGAACAGUCCCGCCGAGGAGUACACCCUCUCCGAUAUGGUGAAGAGCUUCUACAACGAAAUGAAGAAAUACAAAACUGUGGACGACAUGGCAAACGAAAUUAAAAGACUAGCAGUACAAAACAUUAGGAAGAAUUUGGAAAUUAUUUGUAACAACGAAUGCACCAGCUCCUUCUUUGUGGAGAAGUACAGAGUGAAAUACAUUAACGAGCAGGUUGAACUCAAUAUUAAGUCAGCACAAAAUUAUUUUAAAGAAUUUUUAAUACUUUACAAUAGCAACAAUUUUGACAACUUCAGCUUGGAGGUGAAUACCAACGUAGAAAAGAAGGGCAGGCAAGAGGACAGCGCGGAAAAGGACAAGGAUGACGAACAGGGUGAAGAGGAAGUCAAUCAUGGAGAGGACGACCCCCCAGUGAUGGACCACUCACAGAAUAGCAACGGGGAUGAUAGUAACAACAGUGAGAAGUGGCCAAAUAAAAAUCAAAUGAAUGGGGAAAAUGGACACGAAAAAGAGGACAUGUAUAAAGAGAACACAUGGAAAGAAAAAAUGAAAUGCAAAAUUGAAAAUGCAAAUGAAAAUACAAACGUGUUGAUAAAAAUUGUCAACUACCUAUCCAGCACAUCACUACACAUUGACCACAUACCAGUUAAUAUAAAAAAGUUCGAUGUAGUAAAAAAAUUAAACGAGCUCAAUUAUGGUAUAUUAAAUGCGAAUAUAUGGGAUACGUAUAGUUCAAAAGAAAGCAGACCGUUCUCCUUGUCCAUCUCCACAGUUCCUUCCUUUUACAGAAAGGCAAAUAUAUAUUUUAAAAAGCACAACAAAACGAGUGACCUGUUAAGCGCCCUGCGUGAAAAACCACGUAGUGUUCAAAUCAAUGGCUGGUACUUAAACAAUGUGAAAAGGAAUAACUACAAUUAUGUGGACUUGCGAAUUUGCCCCCCUAUAUGUUCCCACGUACAAGUAAUUAAAGCCGAUUAUGAAAAGGCUAAAAUGUUGGUUAGAACAUUGGAUGCAUCUUGCCAUAUCGAUGCUGAUCUCCUGGGGCGCAUUCAGGAAGAGGACUUUAUUGAGGUCAGGCAGAAGAAGAGGAAGGUGGGGGGGCAGGAGGAGGGUCAAGCGGAUGGAGAAGGUGGUGAUGUGGCCACCGAAGCGUUUGCAAAAAGUAAUAGUAAUAGUAGUAAUAAUGCUGUUGGGGGGAGUGACGACCAAGUGGGAGACAGCCCUAUCAUACAGAUCAUCGAAGAGAACAAAAAUUUCAGUGUGACCAACAAGCUAGAUAUCCUAAUUAUGUACCUCCGAUUUGUGCACAACUUUUGCUACUACUCAGCGAGGAAAUUCAACACGUAUGAUGAAAUGGUCAGGGAGUGUGGCUACUUUUACCUCCGCGUAAAUAUGAAGAAUAAAUUUUACAACAAUUUGAUCCCCAUUUUUUACGAAAAUUUUAACGUGAGCAAAUUGGACCAGUACGGCCAGCGUGAUCAAUGGGCGCAGCAGGGGAAUGGCUGCGAAGGCGGAAACGAUGACGACCUUGUGGAUGGAACAGCUGAAGGGGAAACACACACCCCUACCUCCUCCCCUCUACACACCCUAAAGAAGAAGUACUUUGACGACGUGGGCAGUGUAUCAGAGUACCAACUCAAAUGGCUUCUCCACUUUGAGGCAGAAAUUAAAGACGCCAUAAAUACAAACUACAAUGAACAGAUAGAAAUCGAAAAGACAAAAGAAUUUAUGGAAAAUUUGAAAAACAAUUAUAUCCUGAAAGCGAGUGAUAAUCCUCGUGACAACCCUCGUGACGAUGGCAAAAGCGAAAUACGUUGUGCCAAGUGCAAGAAACUUUUUAAUCACAUUAAGGACGUCCCUAACCACAUCUUCAUUAAACACAGCCAAAUUAAAUUAAAACUCAUCACAGAAACGGAGGCGGAAAUAAUGAAGAAAUGUUUUUACGAAGCUCCGCACAGUUUUCACUUCCUUUUUAUGAUGGAAAAAAAAUAUAAUUCUGGUCAUUCGAAAAACCAUGUAAGUAAGAAUAUUUUUAAAAAACCCAAAAUUUUUAAAAACCAAAAUUUUCACCUCUUGCCAAACAGCGCGAAGAAUGAUUACAAAGAUUUUGACGACCCCAGCUCGAAUGUCUUUGAGAAUGUAAAGCAGACUGCUAACAAGAAGAGCGACUUUUACGACGACACGUAG